AUGGGCGGCGCGGGCGUGCUUUUCUUGGUGUUCAUUGUGUUGGUGGCGGUGCCCAUGCCCGCAAGUGGAGCCUUGCCCGAAGGAGCAGGACCCGUGGCUCAGGUGCAGAGCGUAGAUGCGGCUGGCCACAAUGGCAGUUACAAUGCCAGCAGCGUCACCGGCCGCAAGGAUGGAGGCGGUGGCGGUGGGGGAGGAGGGGGGAGCAGCGGGGGCACCUCGUGGAGCUAUGGGUGGGGAUGGGGCUGGGGCACUGAGGGCGGCGGCGGUGGCGGAGGUGAUGGUAGCGGAGGAGGUGGAGGUGGAGGAGGUGGUGGUGGUGGAGGUGGUGGUGGUAGCCGUGGCGGCGGCGGCGGUGGAGGAGGAGGUGGCGGCGGCGGGACAAGGGCAGAGCAGCACGGACAGGACGGCCGUGGGACGACGGCAUGGCGCGGCGGAAGGAGGGCGCGUCGGCACCGGCCGAGCUACAGCUCGAGCCUGUACCGCGUGGGGGAGUACGCGCGGUGCACGGCGCCCGGGCGGUGCAGUGGCAUGCGGCUGCUGUGCCCAAUGCACUGCGACGGACCCUGCUUCUACGACUGCGACGCCAACUGCAAGGCGCACUGCCGCUUCUAG